AUGCUUACGAAAAAUUUGCUGCCCUUAGCGCUGUCUUUGUUGGGUUAUGUGGAAGUUGGUGAGUCCAAGGUUCACCAUGCCAAGAUUCAAAAAAACGAGCCUUUGAAUGUCGAGGAAUUUGCAAUGGCUCCGAUGUUUCAAAAUUUUGAUCAUGCUGAUAUUUUGAAAGAAAAAUAUUUGACCCAAUUCCAAAAAGCCUACCCUGAGGCCGUUUUCAAGAAUGACCAUGACGAUGAAAGUUCUUCUUAUUAUCCUUUCGGGUUCUACCAGAGUGGCCAUUCUGUUCCUUUAACAAAUUACUUGAAUGCUCAAUACUAUACUGAGGUCUCUUUGGGUACCCCUCCACAGAACUUUAAAGUCAUUUUGGAUACUGGUUCUUCCAAUUUAUGGGUCCCCAGUACUGAGUGUAGUUCUUUAGCAUGUUUCCUACAUUCUAAGUAUGACCAUGACUCCUCUUCGAGUUAUAAACCAAACGGCACGGAAUUCGCUAUCAGAUAUGGUUCUGGUUCCUUAGAAGGUUACAUUUCACAAGACACAUUAAAUUUGGGAGAUUUGAGUAUUACAAAGCAGGAUUUCGCUGAGGCUACCAGUGAACCUGGUUUGCAAUUUGCCUUCGGUAAAUUUGACGGGAUUUUAGGCCUUGGUUAUGAUACCAUAUCUGUUGAUGGUGUCGUUCCACCAUUCUAUAAUGCUUGGAAACAAGGUCUUUUGGAUGAACCUAAAUUCGCCUUCUACUUAGGUAGAGAUGGAGAAUCUCAAGAUGGUGGUGUGGCUACUUUUGGUGGUGUAGAUGACUCUAAAUACGAAGGUGAAAUUACUUGGUUACCAAUCCGCCGUAAAGCCUACUGGGAAGUCAAAUUUGACGGUAUUGGUCUUGGUGAAGAGUAUGCUGAGCUAGAGAACCACGGUGCUGCCAUCGAUACAGGUACUUCGUUGAUUGCAUUGCCUUCCGGAUUAGCUGAGAUCAUCAACGCUGAAAUCGGUGCCAAGAAAAGUUGGACCGGUCAGUACACCGUUGAAUGUGAAGCUAGAAGCUCAUUACCCAACAUGACUUUCACCCUUGGAGGUCAUAACUUCGAAUUGACCGCUUACGACUACAUUUUAGAAGUCUCUGGACAAUGUAUUUCUGCCAUUUUCCCCAUGGACUUCCCUGAACCUGUUGGUCCUCUUGCCAUCAUUGGUGAUUCAUUCCUACGUAAGUACUACUCCAUCUACGACUUAGGGAACAACGCUGUAGGAUUAGCGGAUGCUGUCUAA